AUGUUCAGUUGGCGCAGAUUGUACAGUAAUGGAAGAACGGCUGACUGUGUUGAAGAUAAUCACGUAGAGUUGCCUGCUGAUACGAGGCAGCUAGUGUACAAUGUUUACGUCUACUUUAGUAGAAGGCCAGGGAGGAGUGCCAAGGCAGCACUCUCUAAAACAGCGAGUGCCACAAUGAUACCAAGGGACAUUGUUGCCGAAAUCGUAAGAGAUAAAUAUCGAGAAUGA